AUGGAACUUGGCUGGGAACUACCCUUCCCCAUCAAUCUGUGGGAAGCCAAAAACUCUCAGAUAUGGCUUCUGAGAUUCAAUGAGAACUUUGGACUUUCGACUUUUACAAUAGCAAACACUCUGUUGCACGGGCCACGAGGCCUAGGAACGGCUUCUUUGACAAUUGCUACUCAGCAACUUAUGACCGAAACACCGGACUCGGACCUUUUAGCAGCGCUAGAAGCGUCCCCCUUUGCCGCAUUUUGCGUCCUGACGAACAUGGGUGCCCUUGUGCGAGACUUUACGCGAUGCUACUAUCAAAUGCCGCCCAGUCCAUCCGACCCGAAUCCAUUCCAUAUACUGACUCAGGGUCAGAAUAAACAAGUGCAUACAGCAAUAGAAGCAAUCACGAAGAUCGUCAAGAAGCAGGCUUACACAGGUGACAGCCCUCAGUUUCUCCUGUGGAGGACGAACGAGCUCUUCAUCUCUUCUCUCAAAAUCAGCUUAUGUCGUCCCGAUCAGCUCUUGAUAGCAGGCAUUGUGGAUAACAGCUUGAUUGCUGGGAUGGCUGCCUCCACUCACCUGACUCAGGGGAACCUUGUCGCGAUCCGGCGAUCAGCACCUCUUGUUCCUUACCAUGUCGGUGGCGAUGAGGGCAUUUUAGCCCUUUUGAAUGAUUUAUCUGGCGCAUUGUCCAGCAUCUCCGGGGAAGAGCAGGAUAAAGUGGUCCGUGAAGCACCAUGGGUCACUGUGGCCAGUUACGGUGUUUUACUAUGUAUCUGGGGAGCGCUCAAACGCGCAAGCACCGAUAUCCGUCACCACUUGAACACGUUCAACGAACUCCCGAGAACCUCGGAAUUCUGCAUGUUGAUCUUCAACACCCUCAUGGAGUCCGCUCUUCUAAAUUCCACAGAAAAUGACUGUGUGCGAGACCCUCGGUUGUGGACCAUGGAUCGAGAGGCUUUUGUUAGUCUGCUCGAUGAAGGCGAGUCACUAUUUGUCAAUUUAAUCAAGGCCUUCUGUCAGCGAAGAUCAUUGUGGGGGAUCGGGCCUUCCAUGCUGGCUGUAUUGGGCGAAAUCCCGGGUACUGGAGCCGAGUAA